GGUCAGAUUAUAUAAGCAAGAGGCUGAGCUGAGAAUGUCUCUCCACUUUCCCCGGCUGUGUAGACACGUCCAGAGGCUGUCCUUGUCUCGAGUGGCGAGUUCCAGGAGCCUCUCUUCAAGUACUCUACAAGGGAGGGCCUGUGUAUCAUCUCCAGCAAAAUGGCCGACAUCAUGUGUAUCAAGUAGCUGGGUUCGAUGGAGUUCAGAAUCGGCCGAAAACAAAGUGGCGGUGGAUAAUCGAUCCAGCUUGAUGGAGUUUGGUCAGUACGUCCAGGAGAUGCUCCCUAAAUAUGUGCAGCAGACACAGAUUACCCACGGUAAUGAACUGGAGCUGCUCAUCCACCCUGAGGGCGUGAUCCCCGUUCUCACUUUCCUGAGAGACCAUCAGAACGCUCAGUUCAGGCAACUCAUUGACCUCACAGCAAUCGACGUGCCUAAGAGGGUCUAUCGCUUUGAGGUGGUGUACAAUUUGCUGAGUGUUGUGUAUAACUCUCGUAUUCGAGUGCGUACCUACGCUGAUGAGCUGACCCCCAUAGAGUCCGUCACUGGCCUCUUCAACGCUGCCAACUGGCUGGAGAGAGAGGUGUGGGACAUGUACGGUGUGUUCUUCUCCAACCAUCCUGACCUACGUCGGCUGCUCACUGACUAUGGCUUCGAGGGACACCCACUUAGGAAAGACUUCCCUCUCAGCGGCUAUGUGGAGGUGAGGUACGACGAUGAACUGAAACGUGUCGUGUGCGAGCCCAUAGAAAUGACUCAAGAGUUCCGCAAGUUUGACCUUUCAUCACCAUGGGAACAGUUCCCACUACAUAGACACACACUGGAGGCAGCUGGCAGCGAACAUACCGAGUGACACUUUAUAAUUAUAUAUUAUAGUGUAGGAGAACUCUAAAGCUCUUAGACUAAUCGUGUUUAUGUUGGUAUUUAAUAAUUGAUAUAUUAAAAUUGAAAAAUACAAUAAAUAGUUUUCAUGUCAUGA